AUGGCGGCGGCAGAUGUAAAAAAAACGGAAAACGGAACGGGAAUAUUCGGGCGGGCGAUUAAAGGUAUAGUGUCAAGUGUGAGGGAAAUAGGGAAAAUGAAGAGAAGUGAUAAGAGGAAAGUGAUACACAGCAUGAAAGUUGGAAUAGCACUUGUUCUUGUUUCACUUUUAUAUUUCAUCAAACCAAUGUACGAUCAAGUUGGUCAAAAUGGGAUGUGGGCUAUCAUGACUGUUGUUGUUAUCUUCGAAUUCUAUGCCGGUGCAACAUUAGGAAAAGGAAUAAACAGAGGAAUUGGGACACUUUUAGGAGGAGCUGUUGGUUGUUUUGCCGCUAUUUUAGCUGAUCGAAUUGGCGGGAUUGGCCAAUACUUCAUCAUUUCUUCUACCGUUUUUUCCUUUGGUGCUGUUGCAACAUACUGUAGACUGGUGCCAAGACUGAAGAAGAGAUAUGACUACGGAUUCAUGAUAUUCAUAUUGACAUUCAACCUGGUGGCAAUCUCCGGCGUACGGAUGGACAAGGUGGUGGGAAUGGCCGUUGACCGCCUGACCACCAUCGGUAUCGGUUUCGCUAUCUGCAUAUCUGUCAGCUUGUUUAUUUGCCCUAUUUGGGCUAGCAAUGAACUCCACUAUUCCACCGCAUCUAAGUUCCAUAAACUCGCCACCACUAUCCAAGUUAUAGACACUUAA